AUGGCUCAAGGUUUCCAAAUACCUCCAGUGCCUGAGUUUCAGCCCGAUGCUGAACUAGGAGCGAGUUUUGCUUCAAAAUGGCGGACAUGGCUUGCAGAUUUUGAAAUGUUUUUAACUGCCAGUGGAAUUGCCAAUGCAUCAAGGAAAAGCGCUUUAUUACUUUACCUGGCAGGCAGUCGUGUUCAGGAAAUUUUUCAACAUUUAGGGAAUGCUGAUGAUUACGAUACAGCGAAGACAAAGCUUACCACCCACUUCGAGCCUCAAAAGAAUCGCCGUUAUGAGGUAUAUCGGUUUCGUGAGACCAAGCAAGAGCAAGGGGAAACAUUAGAUCAAUAUCAUACACGUUUACGAGCCCUUUCUACUGCAUGUGAAUUUCAAGAUUUGGAAUUCGAAAUCGAACAGCAAAUUGUUGUUGGUGGUAUUUCCUCGCGAAUUCGUCGAAGGGCACUACGUGACCCUACCUACCAUCUGAAACAAAUGUUACUGGAUGGAAGACGUGAAGAAAUGAGUUCCUUUCAAACUCGAGAGAAUGAAUCUAAUGAGAAUACUGCUGCUGUUGUACAUCCUUUUAUAUCUGUCAACAAAGAAGGCAAGAAAUGCUAUACUUGUGGAGGGGACUACCCUCAAAAAGGGGAAUGCCCUGCAAAAGGAAAGCAAUGCGGAAGCUGUGGUAAACAAGGUCAUUUCGCGGUCGUUUGUAGAAGUAAAGGAGACAAAACAGAUCGCAGAAACAAAGGAGGCAGAUCACAUCGAAAGCACAAACCAAGAAUUCGCCCACUCAAACAUACUGAGUAUUCUUCUAGUUCUGAGGAUGAAUAUAUGUACGCAAUGUCUUCAGCCAGUCCACGCGCACCACAAGUAUGGAUUACUGUUGCAGGUCACAAAUUCAAAGCUCUUGUGGACAGUGGUGCUACAAUAAAUGUGAUUAAUGCUGACACUUUUGCAAAUCUAAAAAAUGUUAAGCUCCUGCGCACAAGCACAAAGGCAUAUCCUUAUCAGAGUAAAAUACCAGUUGAGUUUCUUGGAAAAUUCGAAAGCAUUAUUGAAACCAAGAAGAAAUGCACUGUGGGAACAGUCUAUGUGGUAAAAGGGAAGGACAGCGAAUGUUUACUCUCACUUCAGACUGCACAGGAAUUAGGCCUUAUUAAGCUUCAAUUAAAUGCAGUACAAAACGCUGUUCCAAAGUCAAUGACUCUUUCUGAAAUUCGCGAAGAGACAAAUAAAGACAGAGUUUUAAAAUCACUUCGAGCUGCAAUUCGUCUCAAUCGUUGGGAUGCUGAUACUGUUAAACCUUUUUGA